AUGUCUUUGUUUAGAGGUCUCUUGAGUGCAAAGAGGAUUAUUGGCCUCUCUGUAGCGGCUACAAGCAAAAGCACAGUUUCAGCGCCAAAGGGGUUUCUUGCGGUGUACGUUGGAGAGAGACAGAAGAAAAGAUUUAUAGUUCCAGUCUCAUACUUGAGCCAGCCUUCUUUUCAAGCUCUCCUCAGUAAAUCUGAGGAAGAAUUUGGAUAUGACCAUCCAAUGGGUGGACUAACGAUUCCUUGUCCUGAAGAUACCUUCAUCAACGUGACUUCUAUGCUUCAAUGAUGAUGUUCCAGAAGAAGAAAAUACUGACAUUAGUCAGAGCUAGAAUCAUUCAAUGUACAUAUGUUAACUGUUUUCCUUAUUCAAUGUGAAUAUGACCAUUUGAAAAAUGAAGUUCUUUGAUUUAUUCUCGUUGAUGAUAUGAAUCGUUGGAGAUAUCAUAUUAUAAUAAUAGUUUUGUGAAUGAAGUAUGAAUCCAUCUUUUAAAAUAAAACAGGAACACAUGACAACAGAGUUUCUUAAUGUUUUGUUUUCCAAGAUAAAUGCAUGUGAAACCAAAAUAAAAAACAAUGAAAGCUAACAAGCCUCUUCUUCAAACAGAGAACAAUUCACGGACGAUUUCAAACCGGAUCUAAGAGUUUCGGUUAAGUGAAAUUAGAUUACCAAACCAAGAGAGUUUCCAAGUAUAAAGCAAAAGACAAAACCGGAGGUAAAAAAAAAAAUUCCGGAUAAUGUUCGGGAGUUUGAACCCGACGUGAAUCGAACACGCAACCUUCUGAUCUGGAGUCAGACGCGCUACCAUUGCGCCACGGAUCCGGAUGUUAUAGAAUCUGACUUGUAUAGUUAUCACAUGAUUUGUUAUAAGUUCUUCAAAUGUAUUAUGAUCGUUCCAAAAUGUAUUCACAUGAUAGUGCCUAUUGCAUAAAAAUGGCACUCACUUUCUAAACUUUAGAACAAAUAUUUGAAGAAGAGAGAGAAAAAGGUCAUCUAUUUACAAUGAAUGUCGAUUUCUAUAACUCCCAUAACAAAACUUGAUAGUCAAGUAAUCAUCACUGGAACCGAGAAGUCACAUUGACAAAUGUAUCUUCCGGACAAGGAAUCGUUAGUCCACCCAUUGGAUGAUCAAACCCAAACUCUUCUUCAGAUUUACCGAGUAGAGCUUGAAAGGAAGGUUGGCUCAGGUAUGAGAUUGGCACUACAUAUCUCUUCUUCUGACUCUCUCCUACGUACACCGCAAGAAACCCUUUUGGUGUCGCAGAGGUUUCCCCUUUGCUUGUUACCGCUCUAAGAAUCUUCUUUGCACCCAGUAGACUUCUCAUCAAAGCCAUCUCUUUCUUUAAAGUUUGAAAUUCUUUUUGAGGCUCGUGAAGAUUUAUGAAAAGAUUAAAGUAAUUGGAUAUAUUGCUUGGUUCUUGUUAAUGAUAGAAAUAAUAGGUUAUGUGUAUAGUAUAUAUAGAAAGAUCAAUGAAUGAGUUUGAACCCUCUUUGAAAAUUGUUGUCUACAAUUGUGUGGGACAGGCUAGAACAAAGCACCACAUGGUUCUGUCUUCACCGUCUCAAAAAGAUGCAUUAAUGCAAUUUGUCUACUUGGAUAAUCGCCAUAGUCAAUUCACAAGGGCUUGGUUUCCAAAUGUCUGUAAUCCUAUUUUUAAAUAUAAUCAAAGAACAACUUGAAUGGUGACACAGACUUGUUGUUCUGUUGUUGAGAAACUUCAGGUCCCCACUAUUAGUUCUUAUUAAAUCCAUUAAGACUACGUAAAUGAGAGAAUAAGACAUAUAAUCAACCAUAGAACAUGAAGGACAGAACCAUGUGAUCUGCUCUAGUCUGUCCCACGAUCCAAGACCACAAGUUUCAAUGAGAGAUUUUAACUCACUCAUCGAUCUAUCUAUAUAUGUACACAUUAGCCAUUCUUUCUAUCAUCAACCUAAAGCAAGCAAUCCAAUAACUUUAGUAUUUUCAUACAUCUUCCAAAACAUCAAAAGAAAUCAAACUUUCAGUUUAAAAGAUGGCCUUGGUGAGAAGUCUAUUGGGUGCAAAGAAGAUUCUUGGCCGCUCUGUAACAGCAGCUUCUACGAGUAAAAGAACAACCUCGGCGGCACCAAAAGGGUUUCUUGCUGUGUACGUAGGAGAGAGCCAGAAGAAGAGAUAUGUGGUGCCAAUCUCAUACCUGAGCCAGCCUUCGUUUCAAGCCCUACUAAGUAAAUCUGAAGAAGAGUUUGGGUUUGAUCAUCCAAUGGGCGGCUUAACAAUCCCUUGUUCUGAAGAUAUAUUCAUCACAGUGACGUCUCGGUUCCAAUGAUGAUUAUCCAAACAUAUUGUUAGUCUAGUUAGAUAUAGACUUUCCCUGUAGAUAGAUGAGAUUUUUUUAACCUCUUUAUUGUUUAAAGAGUUAUUCUAUAAUCUUUUGAAAGUGAAUGUUAUAGACACGAUAAUGAUUCAUGUUAAUACAUUUUGGAGCAACCAUUCAACAAGAAAGUGCGACACCUA